CGAGUGGCAGCGAGAAGGCAAUUCCUGGCUGGCGGUUGGCAUCUGAGCAGGCGUCAGGAUGUUGGGCUGGGUCCAGAGGGUGCUGCCUCAGCCCCCAGGGACCCCUCGGAAGACCAAGAUGCAGGAGGAAGAGAAAGUGGAACCAGAGCCAGAGCUGGAGGCGGAGGUGGAACCAGAACCGAAUCCCGAGGAGGCCGAGACAGAGUCCGAGUCCAUGCCCCCCGAAGAGUCAUUCAAGGAGGAGGAAGUGGCUGUGGCGGACCCAAGCCCUCAGGAAACCAAGGAGGCUGCCCUUACUUCCACCAUAUCCCUCCGGGCCCAGGGCGCUGAGAUUUCUGAAAUGAACAGUCCCAGCCGCAGGGUACUGACCUGGCUCAUGAAGGGCGUGGAGAAGGUGAUCCCGCAGCCUGUUCACAGCGUCACGGAGGACCCGGCUCAGAUCCUGGGUCACGGCAGCACUGGGGACACAGGGUGCACAGAUGAACCCAGUGAGGCCCUUGAGGCCCAAGACACUAGGCCCGGGCUGCGGCUGCUUCUGUGGCUGGAGCAGAAUCUGGAGAGAGUGCUUCCUCAGCCCCCCAAAUCCUCUGAGGUCUGGAGAGAUGAGCCUGAAGUUGCUACAGGUGCUGCCUCAGACCCAGCGCCUCCAGGACGCCCCCAGGAAAUGGGGCCCAAGCUGCAGGCCCGGGAGACCCCCUCCCUGCCCACAACCGUCCCCCUGCAGCCAAAGGAGGAACCCAAGGAGGCACCAGCUCCAGAGCCCCAGCCCGGCUCCCAGGCCCAGACCUCCUCCCUGCCACCACCCAGGGACCCUGCCAGGCUGGUGGCGUGGGUCCUGCACAGGCUGGAGAUGGCCUUGCCGCAGCCAGUGCUACAUGGGAAAAUAGGGGAACAGGAGCCUGACUCCCCUGGGAUAUGUGAUGUGCAGACCAUCAGCAUCCUUCCUGGAGGGCAAGUGGAGGCUGACCUCGUCCUAGAGGAGGUUGAACAGCAGUGGGAGGAUGCCCACCAGGAUGUCAGUACCAGCCCACAGGGUACAGAGGUGGUUCCAGCUUAUGAAGAAGAGAACAAAGCUGUGGAGAAGAUGCCCAGAGAGCUGUCCCGGAUUGAAGAGGAGAAAGAAGAUGAGGAGGAGGAAGAGGAAGAGGAGGAGGAAGAGGAAGAGGAGGAGGUGACUGAGGUGCUGCUGGAUAGCUGUGUGGUGUCGCAGGUGGGCGUGGGCCAGAGCGAAGAAGACAGGAUCUGGCCCCAGAGCGCUUCAGACCAGAAGCUGUGGGAGGAGGCCAAGGAGGAGGUCGAGAAGGAGGCUGAAGAGGAGGCUGAAAAGGAGCCCCAGGACUGGGCUGAGACCAACGAGGAGCCUGAGGCCGAGGCCGGGGCUGCCAGUUCAGGAGUGCCUGCCACGAAACAGCACCCAGAAGUGCAGGUGGAAGAUACCGAUGCUGAUAGCUGCCCCCUCAUGGCAGAGGAGAAUCCACCCUCACCCGUGUUGCCGCCACCGUCUCCUGCCAAAUCAGACACCCUCUUAGUCCCAAGCUCAGCCUCGGAGACACACAGGAAGAAGCUGCCCUCUGAGGAUGAUGAGGCUGAAGAGCUCAAGGCGUUGUCACCAGCCGAGUCCCCAGUGGUUGCCUGGUCCGACCCCACCACCCCGAAGGACACUGACGGCCAGGACCGUGCGGCCUCCACGGCCAGCACAAAUAGCGCCAUCAUCAACGACCGGCUCCAGGAGCUGGUGAAGCUCUUCAAGGAGCGGACAGAGAAAGUGAAGGAGAAACUCAUUGACCCUGACGUCACCUCUGAUGAGGAGAGCCCCAAGCCCUCCCCAGCCAAGAAAGCCCCAGAGCCAGCUCCAGACACAAAGCCCGCUGAAGCAGAGCCAGUGGAAGAGGAGCACUAUUGCGACAUGCUCUGCUGCAAGUUCAAACGCCGCCCCUGGAAGAAGUACCAGUUUCCCCAGAGCAUUGACCCGCUGACCAACCUGAUGUAUGUCCUGUGGCUGUUCUUUGUGGUGAUGGCCUGGAAUUGGAACUGUUGGCUGAUUCCCGUGCGCUGGGCCUUCCCCUACCAGACCCCGGACAACAUCCACCUCUGGCUGCUGAUGGAUUACCUAUGCGACCUCAUCUACUUCCUGGACAUCACCGUGUUCCAGAUACGCCUGCAGUUUGUCAGAGGCGGGGACAUCAUUACGGACAAAAAGGACAUGCGAAAUAACUACCUGAAGUCUCCCCGCUUCAAGAUGGACCUGCUCAGCCUCCUGCCCUUGGAUUUUCUCUAUUUGAAAGUCGGUGUGAACCCCCUCCUCCGCCUGCCCCGCUGUUUAAAGUACAUGGCCUUCUUCGAGUUUAACAGCCGCCUGGAAUCCAUCCUCAGCAAAGCCUACGUGUACAGGGUCAUCAGGACCACAGCCUACCUUCUCUACAGCCUGCAUUUGAAUUCCUGUCUUUAUUACUGGGCAUCGGCCUAUCAGGGCCUCGGCUCCACUCACUGGGUUUACGAUGGCCUGGGAAACAGUUAUAUUCGCUGUUACUACUUUGCUGUGAAGACCCUCAUCACCAUCGGGGGGCUGCCUGACCCCAAGACACUCUUUGAAAUUGUCUUCCAGCUGCUGAAUUAUUUCACAGGCGUCUUUGCUUUCUCUGUGAUGAUCGGACAGAUGAGAGAUGUGGUAGGGGCGGCCACCGCGGGGCAGACCUACUACCGCAGCUGCAUGGACAGCACGGUGAAGUACAUGAACUUCUACAAGAUCCCCAAGUCCGUGCAGAACCGUGUCAAGACCUGGUACGAGUACACCUGGCACUCGCAAGGCAUGCUGGAUGAGUCAGAGCUGAUGGUGCAGCUUCCAGACAAGAUGCGGCUGGACCUCGCCAUCGACGUGAACUACGACAUCGUUAGCAAAGUCGCACUCUUUCAGGGCUGUGACCGGCAGAUGAUCUUUGACAUGCUGAAGAGGCUUCGCUCUGUUGUCUACCUGCCCAGUGACUAUGUGUGCAAGAAGGGGGAGAUCGGCCGUGAGAUGUACAUCAUCCAGGCGGGGCAAGUGCAGGUGUUGGGUGGCCCUGAUGGGAAAUCUGUGCUGGUGACGCUGAAAGCUGGAUCUGUGUUUGGAGAAAUAAGCUUGCUGGCUGUUGGGGGCGGGAACCGGCGCACGGCCAACGUGGUGGCCCAUGGGUUUACCAAUCUCUUCAUCCUGGAUAAGAAGGACCUGAAUGAGAUUUUGGUGCAUUAUCCUGAGUCUCAGAAGUUACUCCGGAAGAAAGCCAGGCGCAUGUUGAGAAACAACAAUAAGCCCAAGGAGGAGAAGAGCGUGCUGAUCCUUCCGCCCCGGGUGGGCACCCCAAAGCUCUUCAGCGCUGCCCUCGCUAUGACAGGAAAGAUGGGUGGCAAGGGGGCAAAAGGCGGCAAACUUGCUCACCUCCGGGCCCGGCUCAAAGAACUGGCCGCGCUGGAGGCAGCUGCAAAGCAGCAAGAGUUGCUGGAACAGGCCAAGAGCUCGCAAGACGCCAAGGGAGAGGAAGGUUCGGCUGCCCCAGACCAGCGCACGCCCCCAAAGGAGGCCGCUCCCGACCCACCCGCGCCCCGGACGCCCCCCGAGCCCCCGGGGUCUCCACCGCGCCCUCUACCACCUGCCUCCCUUGGGAGGCCGGAGGGAGAGGAGGAGGGGCCGGCCGAGCCAGAGGAGCACUCGGUGAGGAUCCGCGUGAGCCCGGGCCCGGAGCCGGGAGAGCAGAUCCUGUCGGUGGAGAUGCCGGAGGAAAAGGAGGAGAAGGCGGAGUAA